AUGCCUCAGCACAACGAUUCACACCAACAAAUCACCAUAAGUCAGGCCGACCUGGCCGCUGCUAUACAGCAGGCUGUACAGACAGCUUUACGACAAGCUGGACCGCCUCAGCUACCAUCUACACCAGGCCAAGGGUCGUAUAGCCCCAUGAUACCCGGCACGACCCAUAAUACCGCAAAUAAUGAUAAUACAGGUCCUUUUCAUAAUCGAUUUCCUCCCGCUCCUUCCAUUACCCACAGCCCGCAUAGCUAUGGUCAGCUACCCCAACAUAGCACCAUUUCUGCUCUGCAAACGCUCCGCAACAUGCCAGGGCAUACCCCCCCAGGAAUUAGUCGAAACACCAUCCAGAACUUUAAUUCAAUCAACCCCUCCUCCGCUUCGUCUUCGUCCCAGAACAUCCGACCAGGCUCUCCUUUCGCUUCCUAUCUCACCAGUGGCCGCAAAGGGAAAGCUCCGGCCCGCCAAACACAGAUUACACCUGGUCCUCCCGUCUCAAUUUGCAAAGAGAAGGAGACAAUUGUGUACUACCUCAAAUCCUCGGCUGUUAUUUCGGACCGGCUGACACUUCGCAAGGGUGCAGAGGCGGUCAAGGAGUGGUUGGCUGCUGAGGGUUUUGGGAAACCUCUCUGGAUAUCUGCAAACGCACAUGCCUCCGCUAUCGCCGCAACGGUUCAGGAGCUCUUCCGGCGUGAGGGUAUCAAUGAACAGUGGUGUUGGGCCAAGACCAAUCCUCACAGCCAUCGGUUCGAGCCUGCCACAUGCCGACCAUCGUCGAGCUCGUUCAACCAGGUAAAGGCCCUGUUUGAACGUUCUGGCUGCGCCUACAUCGUCGAUGGACAUGUCAACGAUCGAGAUUUCACCUACACCGCCCCGGACUAUACCCACCAGGAGGAAGUAGCCUCCCGGCAGUUCUACACGACCAUCCGAAACCUCCAAAACACUGCAUCGGGCAAGGACGAUGAGGACGAAGACGUUGAGGAUGAUGACGAUAUGUGGACCUGCAUCGCCUGUGGCAAGUCUGUCAAGAUGAUCUCCAAACGUCGUCAUACGGGUCACUGUCAACGUUACAAGAUUUACCGCACUGAACGGAACGGUCGAGACGGUCGAGAAUCACCAACACCGUCCGUUUUCACUGAAGCAUCCACUCCCCGGCUGGUACCGACCCCUCGUCUUGUCGAUGCCUUUCCAGAUGCUAUGCCGGUCCCCAGGGCUCAUCAAUCGGGUCCCUCUACAUCCAGCAGCACUGGUCGAACUUCAGGGAUGGCGGACAUGUCCCUCGAGACUGCCGGUUUCGUUGAUCGCGCUGAGCCACUGUUCUUCACUGACCAGGCUACACCAGCUCCAUCUCCCCUGGCGUCUACAGCUACACUCCAGACUCCUAGCAUGGAGGAUCUAGCCGGUCCCCUACAAGAGGAUCUCGCCGCAGUGCGGCAGAACCGAUGGAAUGAUCAAGCUGACGAAGGUUGGAGUGGAUUCGACCUUGACGGACGUCAGGCAUCUCUCGAACGAGAGCGGUCGAUCGACGCUGACGUCUUAGGUUUGAUCAACCUGUCCCAGGAUGAGCCGCCCAGAGGUAGCCAGCCUCGAGCUCACACCCCCGAGGACAGGCAGGCUGUCCAAAGCGCAAGAGACCGACCAGAUGACCGACCGGUCGGUGAGGUCGUCGGUGAGGUCGCUCGAACCGAACAUAGCCGUCCAGAUCGUUUGCCAAGUCCGAUUGAGGAGAGCCAACGGACUGUCAGGGAUAGUCCUUCUCCCGGACCCGCCACCCCUGCGCAGAGGAGUAUUCAGAACGCCUCUGGCAGGACAAUUGCGCAACCUCAAGAACGUUCCGUGACUCCCGAAAUCCAAUACGCGGGAGAGACAGGUCGGCCGAUAGCGGCAAAUCCCGCCCGACCACAACCUCUGGGGGGUAGACGACGUGCCAUAGAAGCCACCCUGAGAGAUAUGCAAGCACUGUUGCAAGGUCUUGAUGAGGGAAGUCGCGCUAGGGCGUUAUCGGCCAUCCAGCAGGGUGAUCCUCUGCUGGCUUCACGUCACAUCCGUAAUCGGUUCCGGUCGGGCAAUCUGGACAACCCAGAAGGAGAUGUCAAUGAUCCUGUACCGCCCUAUGCAAGAGAGGUCCGUAUUGGGGAAGUCCUUAUGCAAGCAGGGCCUCCCGAGGGAUUCGGUCUUGCAGCAGAAGCCGGGAUGACGCCUCCGAGGGAGAUCCCGCACCAAGUCGAGCCUGUCUCUGGCCCGGGCGUUCCUCCCCCGCAGGAAGAACGUCCAGCUGCGUACUCAGACCGCAGUGGUCCGGUUCCUCCGUUGCCGCCUCCAGUCAGGCCUGCAGUUGAGCCUUCGGUCGAUCAACCUCCUCCUCCCUCUCUCCCUGCAAGGGGACGAGGCUAUCGCCGACGACGAUCGCCCAGACCUCAGGAGGGUCGCCCUCGUCCUGAGCCUGCCACUGAGCCUGCCACAUUGGCGAACAGGCGUGCAGCUGCGAUAAACAACAUUCGUAGGGGUCGGAGUGGACCGUCUGAGAGGGGGAGAGGGAAUCGUGCUGGAGAAGAGGGUCGUUCGAGGAUGCUGUCGGGCGUUGGUUGCCCCUUGAUCGUCCCAUGCAAAGUUCAUCGUCCUGCAGCGCAGGGGAACGUCUUGGCCGACCAUGUGCUUGUUCUUCAGUGUCGUAGCGCUUGGUCACGUUGGGUCGAUGAUGAGAGAUUAGGCGAACCCUGGAAGAAGUACUGCCCUUGUAAGCCGGGGAUUUGGGCGAGGGGUUCCGAGCGAAAGACAAUGGUCGGUGACAUUGGGGUGCAGGCUCGCGAAACCGUUGGUGUUGCCGUCGGUGUUGCCCUGAGUUCACUCCCUCAACGACCGCCGCCAAACUACACCGACGGCUUCGACCCGCAAUGCUUCUUGCUCGUCGAUGUCGAUGUCGAUCGUGCCCUCUUGGCGACCUUCCAAGUUCUCGGCGAUUGCCACCAUUCGGUGGUCGGGUCAAUCAUCCACCCACCCCAGGAGCGUUCGUUACUAUGGUAG